UUGUAAACUAUGGAAACCAAAGUGACCGAUUCGUGUACUGCUGAAAACAAGGAUGACAGUGGGAACUGGGAAUUAGAUCUGUCUUAUAUUCAAUCCUUACAACGAUUUCAGAAUACUGAUAUGUCUGAACAGAUUGCAGAGAUGGAAAAGGAAUAUAAAAAAAUCCGAGAACAGAGGGAUAAAACCUUUAACUAUGAAAUGAGAAGUGAGCUCAAAAGACUGAAAUCAUUUAGCACCUGGAAAAAGGAUUGUACUUAUUCACCCCAAGAAAUGGCUGCAGCUGGGUUUUACUACACUGGCCUACAGUCUAGUUAUCAGUGUUUCUGCUGUGGCAUAGUUAUAUGUACAACAAGCUGCAGAAGUACUCCAUUCGAUGACCAUAAGAAAUUUCAGCCAGAGUGUCUUUUUGUCCAGGGCAAAGAUGCUGGGAACAUCCCCAGAUAUGAUGUGCGGGUUCGAGUACCACAGGUCAUUCCAGCAGAAGAGCUCAAUAAAUACAAACAAGAGGAGGCAAGACUAGAAUCGUUUGAGAAAUGGCCAUUCUAUGCAAAGAUGGAACCUGCCAUACUUGCUGCUGCUGGGUUUUUCUUUACAGGUAAAAAAGAUACAGUGCAAUGCUUUUCCUGUAAUGAAAGUUUAGCCAACUGGGAGGUAGAUGAUGACCCAUGGAAAGAACAUGCCAAGUGGUUUCCAGAGUGUGAAUAUCUUCAAAGCAAGAAAUCAAAAGAAGAAAUUAAUCAAUAUGUCAAAAACUACAGUGGAUUUAUAGGAGUAACGGGAAAACAUUACGUAACAGAAGUGGCAAAAAUUCGAGAGUUAGAAGAAACAUGCAUAGGAACAGGGAAUCUGGAACCUGACCUGAACAUCUUUGCAGAUGAAGACGUGCGUUUGGAAUCAUUCAAAACAUGGCCAAAAGAUGCCAAAAAAUCUCCAAGAGACUUAGCAGCAGCUGGAUUUUUCUACAUAGGUAAAGAUGAUGUUGUGAGUUGCUUCUGCUGUGGUAAAUAUUUUUUCAAAUGGGAAGAGGAUGAUGACCCUUGGAAAGACCAUGAAAGCUGUUUUUAUGAUUGCAGGUACCUGGCUGCUAAAAGAGCAGAACUGCAAAAAAGAGAAAAUGCAAGCAGCAAUUUAUCUUCAAGUGUACAGGAGUCUGAAAGCAGCAGCAUGGAAUACCAUUUUUCCCAUCCAAGUGGUAUGCCAGUUGUUUUAGAAGGCUGGAUAAAUAUAGCAAGAAACUUGCACCUACAGUUAACAAAGAAAUACAAAAGCACAGAGUUCAGCAAGUUGUUUCCAUUUCAUCACUCCAGCUAUGUUUCAGUUGAUAUUAGAUACAUUUAUUCAGAGCUUUCCAUGAAUUUAAAAAAUACAAAAAACCAAACCCUUCAAGAGACUGUUACACUUCCAGAACUGCUCAGGAGUCUGCAUGAUGUCACAAUAAUUGAAGGGGAAGCAGGAAGUGGGAAGUCAGCAUUACUGAAAAAGAUUGCAGUUAUGUGGGCAUCUGGAUGUUGUCCACUAUUAGACAGAUUUCAACUUGUGUUUUAUAUCUGUCUUGGUUCCUUAAAUGACAACCAGAGAGUGGCUGAUGUGAUCUCUAACCAAUUACUUGGGCCUAACAGCAGUCUGUCAGAGGCAUCUCUUAAGAACAUGCUGGAACGUCUAAAGAAUCGAAUCUUGUUCCUUUUGGAUGGAUAUGGGGAAGCUUCUUCCAUCCCCAAACAGAUUGAAGAAUUAGUCCACAAGAACCACAUAGACAAAUUAUGCAUUGUCAUUGCAACUCGUAGCAACCAAAUUAGUAGAGUGCGUAGAUUUGCAAGCACAAUUCUUAGCAUCACAGAUUUUCCAUUUUACAGUAUUAUGUAUAUGUUAAAGAAGUUGUUUUCUCAUGAUUCUGACUUUCUGAAGACACUUGGCAUCAAUGUAAUAGCAUCUCAGACUCUGCAACGCAUUUUGAAGUCUCCCCUGUUUGCACUUGUGAUAUGUAUAUCAUAUGUUCAACACCCCAAAAGUGAUAUAUAUGAUACAACUGCUAUUUGUAAAGCCUAUGUAAUGUACAACACUCUUAAAUACUCUGAAGAACCACAAAAGAUGACAACUAGUAUGAUGCUGUGUGGAAAACUUGCGUUAAAGAGUUUUUUUAAAUCCUGUGUUGAGUUCACUGACAAAGAUCUGUCAGAAGCACAAAUUGAUGGAGAUGAAGCCAUAAGAUUUGGAUUUCUAAACAAGUUUACUGCCCAAAGGCCUCAUCCAGUUUAUAAGUUCCUUCACCCAUACUUUCAAGAAUACCUUGCAGGUAAAACACUGAGUGAAUACUUUGAAUCAGAUUUGGAAGAUGACAUAAGGAAUGGUCUACAAUUUUUACAACAAAUUGACACUUUCCUGAAAAUCGCAGGCCGUUACUACUUUAUUCUGAAGCAUGCCUGUGGCUUAUCUCCCAAGGCAACUCCCCGGAUUAUAUCCUACAUAUUAGAUGUUACAAAAAGCAACAACUUUUUAGACUGUCAGUCUGAAGGCCAGACUUAUCUAAAUUAUCAUCCAGAACAAAGGUUGACAGUAGAAACCUUGCUUGCUGUGUUACAGCUUUCCAACCCUGAAAAUGCAUGUCAGUAUGUGACUCACUUUCUUUUGAAUUUAGUGUUAAAUGGUGCUUAUAAAAGUAAUUCUGUUUUGGAAUCUUCUUCUCAAAUCCUGAGGUUUCUGGAAGGAAAAACACUUUAUUUUACAACAUCCGAGUUAUCAGAAAAUGCCUUGCUUCAUUUUCUUGAAGACUAUCCAGAAAGUUUCUUACUGUUGCACAGCAUCUGUUUCACUCUUGUUGGAAGUGUAAGGCAAACAAAUGUAUUUUCAGAAGCAGUAGAGACUCUGUUGAAACAAUCACCACAGACAGUCGAAGAAGAGUACAUUGCUGCUUACCAGGUAUUCAAUGUCGCUGUUGAAGAUCAAACCAUAAAUGCCAUUAGCAGUGCUCACAAAAGGAUUCUCAGACACGUGCCAGAAUAUUUUAUUACCCCAUUUGUUGCAGCAAAAAGGUGUAACAAGAAGCUUAAAGUGUUGAAACUAAAUGUGGAUUACAUGGACUCAUUUAAAGAUUCUGACCAAACGAAUCUUAUAGAAGUUUUAGCCAUAGCAGCAGAAAUUGAAUUAAGUCUUCAUAAGAGUAAAGGAUUCACUAGAAUAAUAAAGCCUGCUAUUGAGCAUUAUAGUACUUUGUUUACUAAGUGCAGUAUUUAUGAAAGCGAACUUAAUGAGGAGGACCAGAAAUUGAUUCAGUUAAUGACUUCACUUCGUUCUAUUGAACUGAGAGUUUCAAAAGAGGAAAAUCCACCAGGUAUUAUUAUUAUUAUUAUUAUUAUUAUUAUUAAUUUUUAUUUCAGCGAAUUGAAUGUGUUGUUCAUUAUUGUUAUGAUGUUGUACGUAUAUUUGUGUGAAAGUAGAUUGUGUGUAUCUACCUGUGGCUUCGUAUGA